GUGAGAGUUGCCUUCUUCAACACUUCUUCUCCCUUCCCCUUCCCCGCCACCACCACCACCUGCCUAUUUCCUCACAGACUCUAUAAAUACCCUUUUUUCUCUCCCUUUUCCCCUUCCCUCUCCUCUCUUUCUCUCUUCCUCCUCUGCUUCGUAAUUUGUUCCUCCAAUCAUCAAAUCCCAUUUAUCUCCCUAACCCUCCGCCAAUUCUCCAAUCACAGAAAGGGUCUCCCGCCGCUUCCUGCGUUUUCCCGGUGGCCGGCUGGCAGUUGCUAGAACAACCGUUUCCACCUGGAUCAUUCAGGUACAACGUUUUAAUUCCCCCUUUCUAUUGCUAGCUCUGUUUUUUUUUCCCCUUUUCUUUUCAAGAACCCUGAUUGGCUUUCACAAUGACGGAGUAACCCUCGACAAUCGUCGACGUAAAAGAUCGAAUCUUCUCUUUCUGAUGAGAUCAGUGUUCCGAGAUCUAUUCUAAUUCCUGUGCGGUGUGUCUUUCUUUCUUUAUCUUGUUUUUACCCAUUACGAUUCGUCAUGCAAAGCCUGGGCUGUUCGUGGAGCCGACUUUCCAUUGGGCACCCAAGGUGUUUGAUGAAAUGUCUCUGUUACUCUGUAGUCGUGGGUCGCUUUUGUGUGUGUAUGGAAUCUGAUCUUGACGUCUCAUUGGGUCGUCCGCAAUAUUAUUCUACAGCGAUUCCCUUUUUUGGGUUUGUCGGUUCUCAUCAGCUGGCUGCCAACAGAAGCAAAAAAGUUCUUUGUUUUAUGGUUAUGGCCGACCUGAUUUCUCAAUCGCUCUUAAUCCCUUUCUUCCGAUCGAUGUCACCCAUCGAUUGAUUAGAAUGUACUUGACAUGGGUACAAUAAUGGGAUUUUGGCACCAAUCCAAAAAAUACCUUAACGCACAUAUUAAACUCCGAGGAACAAAUUUUGGGAUUCGAAAGACGAAAAAUCUAAACCUUGUUGUAACAUGGACGAUUCCAUGUUGACCGGAGAAAACAAAGAUUUAAGAAAUUUCCUUGGACAUGUGUUACAUUUUUAACUGAUCGGCUGAGGCAAUUCGGAAAUAUAUAAGUAUUUAGCACAGUAUAGUACUAUACGUGUUGCUCAUCAAAACUUCAUUGAUCUGGAGAUGCAUGGUCUAAUAUGCAAUCUCACAUAUUAAUCAGAAGGUGAUCUGGGUACAUGAGGGUUUUAAUAUGUUUCUGUUGUUCUUUUCUGUAUACGUGUUGGCUUUUCAUUUUCCUCUGUUCUCUUGUAGUUGAGGGAGGUGGGAUUUUUUACGGUCGUUUUGGUAGUUGCAGUGUCUUGUCAGUAUGGUGGACCGAGUUGUUUGUGUUUCUCCUGAAUUGUCAUUAUUAAUUGGUUUCUUCUUUGUUUUUUAAGGCUAAAAAAUGCGUACUUCUGACAAUAAUUUAAUUAGAUCUACAGGUGAAGUAACUCCUUCGAAGUUAGGAGAGAGAGCUACAUAGUUGGACCUUCUGUCCGCAUGUUGUUACAUGUGCAAACUGAGUUUAAUAAUGCAACAUGAAUGCCGAUGCAAUGUUUUAAACUGCAACAUUGUUCAUUAAUUCAUUCACGUUAGCGAAUGCCGAAUGGGGUUAGGGGAUGGCCUUUUGUAUUAUAUUUAUCCAAGAUGAAGAAGUCCUCUGCCCCAAGUAAAACAGUUUCUUGGGUGAAGGACUGUAGUUUGGGAUAAUCAAAAGUAUUAGUUACCUUUAAGUGGGUUUAUAAUGCGGCAGGAGUGGAUAACGAUGGUACUUAUAUUGUAGCCACUUGGUUUAAAAUAUGCUAAUGUUGCCUUAUUAGAUCUAAUACUACUGUGGCUUGCAUUUAAAUGAUCUGCCUCUAAAUAUGUAAUUGCAAUUUGCAACUGCUGGCCAGGAAAACAGGAGACUGAUGAACUAUGCCAACUUGUUAUAAGGGUUGUAGCUUUUUGUGUUUAAUCAGGAAUCCAUGUCCUGUGAAAGGAACAGUGGGAUCUUUCCUUUCAAGUUUCAAUGGCAAACUUGUUCAAAUGUUAAUUCCUGUUCAAGGUCUACUUUUUCUCUUUUUGGAAACCUUUUUAAGGUCUACUUGAUCUCUGUAUCUUUGCUUGUUUUGAUAGUGAGAGCUUCUAAGUUGAUUCAGUUUGCAGACCCUGCAAUUGCUUCUGUGGCUUAGAAUGUUACAGCAGCUAUUUAACUGCAGCGAGGCCAUCUUUUUUGUUCAGUAUCUAUUGAUAGUCUACAAUUCUCAGGUCAAUAUUCUGCAGUCUUCUUGCAGCCGUUUAAGAAGUGGUCCCUAUGGCCUUAUCUUUGUUCUGGAAUACUUGUCUCUUUCCUCUGCUCACGAAUACUUGCAUUUAUCCUUGCCCCUUUUUCUAGUCAAGUUUCUGGGAUUUUUUUGCAUCGCUGGUAGACUCGUAGUUUCUUUAUGUUUUCUCCCCUGUUUGAAUCUGGGUUUCUGUUCUUUCUUGCAGUCUGUGUCAACCGAAGUACCGUACUUUGACUGUGGUUUAGAAAUUAGAAAGCAAAUCUUGCCGUGACUAAAUGGUUCUUUGUAUAUUGUUUUUGUUCAAGGCAGAUACGGAAGUGCAGAUUGGCCAGCAAAAGUCAUUUUUUUCUCUCAACAAUCUUUUUUGACAAAUAAUGUUCAACUUUACCCGCUUGCUAUAAAUGUGGUGCAGCUUUGGAGAUGAAAAGGUAAAAUGAAUUUCUGAUAUUGCUAUAUAUGUCUAAACGCCUUCAGCUUAUAGCAGUUUUAACUCUGUGAGCCAUCUUAUCAGUUUUCGGGAAGUCUGCGCUUGAUGGAUAGCUCUCCCAGUUGCAGUGACAAGAAAACAUUGAAGAGGUGGUUUUUCAUUGACAAGAGGGUAGGGUAAACAAUACCGAGGGCAGAUUGAUCUUUCAGAGUGCUUUUUCAUACACCUAACUCUCUAUAACUAGAUCACAAAAAAAGAGUCUGUGGCCUUAAAUGGAGAUGAAAUCAAGUAGUUCCUCUCCAGUUCUCACUGAUCCAUCUCCAAUAAACAAGAGACUUGGUAUCCAUACCGGUCUGCCUUCAUUCUCCUCUGGGAAGUACAUCAACAUCCCUAGGAAAAAGAUAGGGAAGCUUGACGACGUUCGAUCCAAUGGAUGGCUUGAUGCCAUGAAAUCAUCAUCACCUCCUCGCAAGAAAUUCAUCAAGGGUUUCAGCACCGCAGCUGAAGAUCCUGACUUUGCAUACUGCUCCUGGAUGCUCAAGUAUCCAUCGGCAUUAAGUUCAUUUGAGCACAUUACCCAUUCUGCAAGGAACAAGAAGAUAGCAGUGUUUUUAGAUUAUGAUGGAACACUAUCUCCAAUAGUGGACGACCCAGAUCAAGCUCUAAUGUCAGAGGAGAUGCGUUCUGCUGUAAGAAACGUAGCAAAGUAUUUCCCAACAGCCAUUAUCAGUGGAAGGAGCCGUGACAAGGUUUAUGAGUUGGUAGGACUAAGAGAGCUCUACUAUGCCGGUAGUCAUGGGAUGGACAUCAUGGGUCCUACCAUCCAAACAGUGCCCACUGACCACCAUCUGAACUCUUGUGUUGAAUCUACUACUGACCAACAGGGCAAGGAGGUGAACCUUUUCCAGCCCGCCAGAGAAUUCAUUUCCAUGAUCGAUGAGGUUUUUAGAACCCUUGUCGAGAAUACGAAAGAUAUAAAAGGUUCGAAAGUUGAGAACCACAAGUUCUGUACCUCUGUACAUUAUCGUAACGUAGAUGAAAAGAAUUGGCCUACAAUUGCUCAACGCGUUCAUGAUAUCUUAAAGGACUAUCCUCGCUUGCGAUUAACUCACGGGCGGAAGGUUUUAGAAGUCCGCCCAGAGAUCGAAUGGGAUAAAGGGAAAGCUGUUGAGUUUCUGUUGGAGUCUCUUGAUCUGAGCGAUGUUGAAAAUGUACUGCCGAUCUACAUAGGGGAUGACCGGACGGAUGAAGAUGCAUUCAAGGUCUUGAGGCAAGGGAAGAGAGGGUAUGGGAUUCUUGUCUCCUCUGUAGCUAAAGAGAGCAGUGCUUUCUACUCCCUCAGAGAUCCUACUGAGGUAAUGAGAUUUUUGAAUUCCCUAGUGGUAUGGAAGAGGCUGCUUGAAGGUGGUGGGAGUGGAGGAAAGAUGAACAGAAGAACAAUUUAGUAGUGGAGCUGCAUGCAAAUAAAAGAGUUUUCUUUUUUGCAGGGCAGCCAACUAGUUUGCUCUGUUGUUUUAGCUCUCUGUUCUUUCACAUUCUAUAGAGUAUGAUGCGUGCAGCUGGCUAAUAUUGGCGCAAGCCACUACUGGCUAUGCCUUCUCUACGUUUAUAACUGUAGUUCCCUCUCAAUUUUUUUGUUUGUUUAUUACCAUGGAAUUUUGUUCUACAGCUUUUAUUCAAUGUAACAUGGCAGUAUUUGUCUUGCACGAUUUGAGUCAAUAAAAAUGUAACCUUGGU